GCUCUGAGCGCGCCGCCGCACAGGAUUCUGCAUCUGUUUCAUAGAUUGGUCUAAAAUAGAAAAACAGUGGCAACGAUUUGCUGAGUUUCCAGACUUUUCCCAAGAUGGAACCAAUAACAUUCACAGCGAGAAAACAUCUGUUUCCUAACGAGGUCUCAGUGGAUUUCAGCCUUCAGCUGGUGGGCUCGCUGCCCGUGCACUCUCUCACCACGAUGCCCAUGCUGCCCUGGGUGGUGGCGGAGGUGCGAAGGCUCAGUGCUCAGACUUCCAAAAGGGAGCCUGGCACCAAGCAAGUCAGGCUUUGUGUGUCGCCCUCUGGAUUGAAAUGUGAACCCGAGCCAGGGAAGAGCCAGCAGUGGGACCCACUGAUCUGUUCCAACAUCUUUGAGUGUAAACCUCAGCAUGUCCACAAACUGAUCCACAACAGUCACGACCCAAGUUACUUUGCUUGUCUGAUUAAGGAUCACAAAACCAGUCAGCAGAGCAUCUGCUAUGUGUUCAAAGCCGACGAUCAAACAAAAGUGCCUGAGAUCAUCAGCUCCAUCCGGCAGGCCGGGAAGAUUGCCCGCCAGGAGGAGCUCCACUGCCCCUCGGAGUUUGAUGACACGUUUGCCAAGAAGUUUGAGGUGCUCUUCUGUGGCCGUGUGACGGUGGCUCACAAGAAGGCCCCGCCAGCCUUGAUUGACGAGUGCAUCGAGAAGUUCAAUCACAUCAGCUGCAGCAGGAAGGCCGAAUUCGACUUGGGCUCCCAGAAUUCGGAAACCACAAACCCCGUGGGAGGGUUUUCCUUCACGGAUAAGUUCCGAUCUGUGCUCCAGCCCGUGGGGAAUGGGGAGCAGAGCCAGAGGCCUAUGCGCAAAUCCUUCUCCCAGCCCGGCCUGCGCUCCUUGGGCUUUAAGAAGGAAUUUCAAGAUGGAAGCCUUCGGAGUAGUAGUUUUUUUAGCUCUUUUGAGGAAAAUGACAUCGAGAACCACCUACUUAGUGGACACAAUAUUGUGCAGCCAACUGAUAUUGAGGAAAAUCGAACUAUGCUCUUCACGAUUGGCCAGUCUGAAGUUUACCUCAUCAGUCCUGACACCAAAAAAGUAGCAUUGGAGAAAAAUUUUAAGGAGAUAUCCUUUUGCUCUCAGGGUAUUAGACACGUGGACCAUUUUGGGUUUAUCUGCCGAGAGUCCUCGGGAGGUGGAGGCUUUCAUUUCGUCUGUUACGUGUUUCAGUGUGCAAAUGAAGCUCUGGUUGAUGAAAUUAUGAUGACCCUGAAACAGGCUUUCACGGUGGCUGCGGUGCAGCAGACAGCUAAAGCACCGGCCCAGCUGUGUGAGGGCUGCCCUCUGCAAAGCCUGCACAAGCUGUGUGAACGCAUAGAGGGAAUGAAUUCUUCCAAAACUAAACUAGAACUACAGAAGCACCUGACCACAUUAAGUAAUCAGGAGCAAGCAACUAUUUUUGAGGAGGUUCAGAAAAUGAGACCGAGGAACGAGCAACGGGAGAAUGAAUUGAUUAUUUCUUUCCUGAGAUGUUUAUAUGAAGAGAAGCAAAAAGUUCACGUCCAUAUUGGGGAGAUAAAGCAGACACCACAGAUUGCAGCAGAGAAUAUUGGAAGUGAAUUACCAUCAAGUGCCACCCGAUUUAGGCUAGAUAUGCUGAAAAACAAAGCAAAGAGAUCUUUAACUGAGUCUUUAGAAAGCAUUUUGUCCCGGGGUAAUAAAGCCAGAGGCCUGCAGGAACAAGCUGCCAGCAUGGACCUGGACACCUCCAUGUGUAGCACAUCAAGUAACACUAGCAAAGAGCCAUGUGUGUGCGAGAAGGAAGCCCUGCCUGCCUCCGAGAGCUCCUUCAGACUCCUGGGCUCCUCGGACGACCUGUCCAGUGACUCGGAGAGCCACCCUGCUGAGGAGUCCAGCCUGCUCUCGCCUCAGCUGGGCUUCCGGAGGCGUGCCAACACCCUGAGCCACUUCCCCGUGGACGGCCAGGAGCCCCUGGCGCCAGCUGAGAGCCCUCCUGGGGUUUCCCAGAGGAAACUUAUGAGGUAUCACUCAGUGAGCACAGAGACGCCUCAUGAACGAAAUGUGAACCAUCCACCAGUGAGCGAGGCUAAAAGUUGCUCAGGUCAGUCUUCAGCUCCUGCUCAUCCAUCUCGUCUUAACCCCUCUGCAUCCUCGCCAAAUUUUUUUAAGUACCUAAAACAUAACUCCAGUGGAGAACAGAGUGGGAAUACUGUGCCAAAGAGCAUCUCCUACCGUAAUGCCCUGCGGAAAAAACUUCAUUCUUCUUCCUCUGUGCCAAAUUUUCUAAAAUUUCUGGCUCCUGUAGAUGAAAAUAACACCUCUGACUUUAUGAACACAAAAAGGGAUUUCAAAUCCGAAGCCAGCCACCUGGCCGAUGGUGGCGGGAGCCCUGUGAGGACUCGAAGGCCCUCGUGGAGGCAGCGGAUAUUCCUCCGAGUAGCCACGCCACAGAAGGCAAGCGAUUCCCCCAGCAGACAUGAAGAUUAUUCAGAGCUGGGAGAGCUCCCUCCGAGAUCGCCUCUAGAACCAGUUUGUGAAGAUGGACCUUUUGGCCCGGUACCGGAGGAAAAGAAAAGGACUUCACGCGAGCUUCGUGAGCUGUGGAGAAAGGCCAUUCUCCAGCAGAUACUGCUCCUCAGAAUGGAGAAGGAAAAUCAGAAGCUACAAGCUUCUGAAAAUGAUUUGCUGAAUAAACGUCUAAAGCUUGACUAUGAAGAAAUCACUCCUUGUCUUAAAGAAGUGACUACAGUGUGGGAGAAGAUGCUCAGCACUCCAGGAAGAUCAAAAAUCAAGUUUGACAUGGAAAAAAUGCAUUCAGCUGUUGGGCAAGGUGUGCCACGUCAUCACCGGGGUGAAAUCUGGAAAUUCCUCGCCGAGCAAUACCACCUUAAACACCAGUUUCCCAGUAAACAGCAGCCAAAAGAUACACCAUACAAAGAACUCUUAAAACAGCUCACCUCCCAGCAGCACGCGAUUCUCAUAGACCUGGGGCGGACCUUCCCCACACAUCCAUACUUCUCUGCCCAGUUGGGAGCUGGACAGCUGUCACUUUACAACAUUUUGAAGGCCUACUCGCUUCUGGAUCAGGAAGUGGGAUAUUGCCAAGGCCUCAGCUUUGUAGCAGGCAUUUUGCUACUUCAUAUGGGCGAGGAAGAGGCGUUUCACAUGCUCAAGUUUCUGAUGUUUGACAUGGGACUGCGGAAACAGUAUCGGCCGGACAUGAUUAUUUUACAGAUCCAGAUGUACCAACUCUCACGGCUACUUCACGACUACCACAGAGACCUCUACAACCACCUGGAGGAGCACGAGAUCGGCCCCAGCCUCUACGCCGCCCCCUGGUUUCUCACUGUGUUUGCCUCUCAGUUCCCCCUGGGGUUCGUGGCCAGAGUCUUUGAUAUGAUCUUUCUUCAGGGAUCAGAGGUCAUAUUUAAAGUGGCUUUAAGUCUGUUGGGAAGCCAUAAGCCCUUGAUUCUGCAACAUGAAAACCUAGAAACUAUAGUUGACUUUAUAAAAAGCACACUACCCAACCUGGGCCUGGUGCAGAUGGAAAAGACCAUCAGUCAGGUGUUUGAGAUGGACAUCUCUAAACAGUUACAGGCUUAUGAAGUUGAGUACCAUGUGCUUCAAGAAGAACUUAUCGAUUCCUCUCCUCUCAGUGACAACCAAAGAAUGGAGAAAUUAGAGAAAACCAACAGCAGCUUACGCAAACAGAACCUUGACCUCCUUGAACAACUGCAGGUGGCGAAUGGUAGACUCCAAAGCCUCGAAGCCACGGUUGAGAAGCUCCUGACUAGUGAAAGCAAGCUGAAGCAGGCUACCCUGGCCUUGGAGCUGGAGAGGUCAGCCCUGUUGCAGACGGUGGAGCAGCUCCGGAGGCAGACUGCAGAGCUGAGUGGUCCAGGGCCUGACUGUGUGCAGCCCGGGCCCGCGGGUGACUGACCGCACAGGGACAGCCCCUUCCAGUGCACAGCUCCAGAGAUGCUGGGACGCCACCCUAACACUGGCCAGGACUUCACUGAGAGACAGAAGAUGCUGGCAGAAGAAGGAAGCGUGACGAGAGCUGCUCAGGGAGGAGACUGGCUCGCCAGCAUGCAGAUUCUUCUGAAGGAAAACUUGCAUUUCAGGGGGGCGAACGUCCCAGUGCUUUUGUUGUUGUUUAGGUCCUGAUUCACUCCUUCUCCAGUCCUCAUUGCUGUAUUCAUAGAUCUAGAUGGCAUGGACAGGAAUAAACACACCUUUCUAUUUCCUUGUCGUUUCCUUUUUCACUGCAGUUGUGAGGAGCAUUCGUAACACUGUAGAAUUUCUCAGAAGCUGGAAGGGCCACAGGUGCUUUCUUUGGCAAAGAUGUGGGUCGGUCAUUCUUCCAAAGAGACUAUACCCUCAGCCUCUCUGACCGGGCACAGCUGGCCCUCGUCCACUUUUGUUACGGAUGCCUGGGAUGACCCUGGGCAGAGACUGAAAGUGAUGUACUUAAAUCUGGCAUCUUGAAUUUGAUCACUGUCUUUAGUGCUUGAUGAAGUUUUGUUUUUGUUUUUUGUUUUUUUCUUUUUUAAAUAGUAUGUUCAUGCACUUUGUGCUUAGCUCUGACAUACUGAACAAAAUCCUUAAUAAAUGUUUUGGGGAAAGUUCAUUCUUCGGGCUCCCCCAGGUUCUACUGGCGUGUGACCCGCACUUGCUGUCUGAGGUAUUUCUUGGUGGUGGUUCAUAUCCGUAUGGCAUAGCGUGUGUCCCUGUCUGCAGAUGUGGCAGGUGAUGCAGCUGUGUGUCCUUUUGAGCCUUUCCCUAGGGAAAUCUGAUUCUUUGUAGCAUUAGCAGUUGCACAUCAGGAUUUUCAAGGGUGCCAGAGAUUGUGGGCCUUUCAGGAAAGGGAUCAGGCCAGUUGAGAGCAGUUUCUCAGAGGCACAAUGUGUCUUGAACACAACUCACAAUGUAGCAACCCCCUCCUGCAGGAGGUUGAGGUCCCUGUGCCUUUAACAAGCUAAAGCUGCUCACCUUCACCCUGGUGCCCACCACCACAGUGAGGCCUCACUGAUCUGAAAGGGCGAUUUCCCCACAAAGGCCCGGGUGAGGGAAGAACUGUGAGCACCUAUCACUUCUCCAACAGCAGAAACACUCUGGUCUUCAUCAGUGUGACCACUUCUAUUCUACAGGAGUUUCUUUGAUCCUCUCAAGGGAGGGGCCUUCUUAAGCCCAAAGGGAUUUUCAUAUGGGAUCAUUAGCCCUGUCGGGAGUUUAUGGUACCACUCCCAGUGCCUAACACUCAGCGGACUUUUGGGACUGCCGUGUCAGCGGGUCACAGUUCCCUUCCUAAAUCAAGACGUCACCCCUUGAUCCCGAGCUGUUCCGCCAGAUUCAGCUGGAGGAGUUAACAUUUGAGGGCUGUUUUCCACGUCCUUUCCUGUCUGAAUGUUGAUGUUGAAUUUGGGCAUCUUGUUACUGUCACUCAAAACCACUGACUCUGCAUUAAAUAAAAAACAAGAAAGCAAUAAAACAAAGACUUCAU